UUUUUAAUAAAAUGAGUAGUUUGUUUUGAAAAAGCAACAAGUGAAUAAAUAAUCGCCUGUUAAUUGACGGCAUAUAAAAAGAUGUAAAAGUUUGAGGAAAUGAAAAAGGAAAUGAAAACACAAAUUGAAGAAGCUGAAACUCCAAAUGCUGAUGACAAACUAAAAAUCAGCCCAGACCUUACCUUUGAGCCCAGACAAAAUAACAACCACUAUGUGGUACCAGUCGGCUUACUCAUAGUGCUUGUCACCAUAUAUCUAAUGGUAGAAGGAUUACAGCUCAACUAUAAGCGUUUUUCGGAAUCAAGCGUAGCGGCUACAAAGCUGAAUACAAUUCAAAACGAAGCAAUGGCACCCCAAAUGCUACCCACGUGCAUAGAACUGGACAUUUUUACUGAGCAACAGGACGACAAGUCUUUGUCGUUCUCAAAUGCCAGGAAUCAGUUGAUGAAACCUAAUCCGCAAAGCAAGGCUACCAAACGUAAAGCACAGAACGGAAAUGCAGGAAGUAAACUAUCAAAAGUGCCCAGAAUGAACAAACAACUAGAGAUGAGCAACAAGAAAGAUUCCCCUAAGAAAAGCAAUACAGCUGAACCCAUAAUUUAUCUUUUUGCUCUCGUCUUUAUCUAUCUAUUACUAAAGGCGGCGUCGGACAUCAAUCAGCAUUACAAAUCACAAAACAAAGGUGACAAACGGUUGCGCCGCUGCUCCUUACAAUCCUACGCCCAGGCACAUAAAGAUCGACGGGCGUCCAAAGGUAUUUCCCCAAAAAGCUUCCCAAAGUUUUAAGCAACUAAAUGUCUGGUUGUUAAAAAAUAAAAAGGAUCAAAGUAAUUCUUUGAGAUAAACAUAAUCUUAAUGUAUACAUACCUAAACAUGUACACUUACAUUUCUUAUCCUUACACAUUUCACUGUUUUUUUCUACAACGUACAUAUGUAAUUUUCAGACUACUUUCCAAUUGUGUAAUUUCCUAUUUGUGAUAGGUUGGAAAAUUUCUUAUUUUAGAAAAAUUUGCUUGGCAUAGGUAAAGAACAGAAAAAUAUGGCACAUAAAAUUAGAAUAAGUAAAUACUUUUUACAAAAUAAUUAUAUUGGUGAAAACAUUUAGACAAAUUUGUAUACCCUGUACCCAAACGGUGCAACACACAGAAGAAGGUGUGGCAGACCCCCCAAAGUAUGAGAAGACUAGUCGAUAUCCGUCUGUCCGCCCGUUCGUUAAAAAUUUGAGGAAUUACGGGAGUUGUUGAAAAUUGCGUAUACCGGGGGAGUGUGGAGGUGCAUUAGAAAAAACCUAAGCUCGUCCUUUUUUCGAGAAUAUACUAUAUAUGCUUCUGUGUGUUACAUACAUUCCUUCAAAACUAGUAUACUCUUUUACCCUUUGUGUACAGGGAAUAAAAAAAGAUAAUGUUGUGUGAGUGGGUACAGGGGCGGCCCGGCCGACUUUAGAAUUCCAUUCUUCUUUUUUUUGUUUUUCAGACAAGAAAAAUAAAUAUUCUAGACAUCUGUAACAUCUGUAAAUAUUCUAGACAUAAACGUUGCUACAAUUGUUUCUUUCCAUUUUCUGAUUAUUACCUUGCCAUGCCCUUUGCACUAUGACACGGAAUUUUUCACAAUAUUUACAUCGAUAAUUCCAACCGUCUACUAUAUAUACAGUCUAUGAACGCCAAUUAAAUAACAAUUUUUACUGAUUUUAAAGAACAAACUAUUGCCUUGAACUCGGCGUUUAAAAAAAAAAAACUGUGAAACUGUACUGAUCUCUAUAUACUUACAAUACACAUUUUCUGCAUUAAACUGCUUUUGGUACGCAUUAUUCAAACCCUAAAUAUUGUAAACCUAUAGAAAGUAGAAUAAACGUUGUUCCAAGGCUUUAUCUACAUACAUAAAUAUGUGUGACCUAUAGAUUAUAUCGUAAAGUAUUGUGGCACAAAAAUAUUGUAAAGUAUAUCGUAAAAUAAAACAACUGUCUGUAA